AUGUCAUCACGGAACAAGACAAUAACACUCGAAGAUUGGGAAUCAAAAACUCAACUCACAGAAACACAAAAACAGAGCGUGGUAGAACUCCAAGAUGCCUGUUCCGAGCUGCCGUUACCCGACGGUUUUUUCAGUGAUUACGGUUCGGGAACACCUCAACGUACAUCUUCACCUACCCCCAUGUCCGUAAAAGAUGGCUUGAAAUCCUCUCCUCUUCUCCGCUCAAGUCCAUCACCAUUACCUCUUUCACGUUCGCGUUCUACAAUUAAUCUAUUACUUGCGGAAUUUCAAGCAUCUGAGGCGGCGACUGGUGUUUCGGACGCAACUCUCGGAAUAUCUCAGCCGAUUGAAACCACACAACAAUUUUUUGACUGGUUUUCACAGAUGGAAAACGAUAUGGAAAAGGAUCAAGAAGAUAAGAAUUUUUAUAGGAAUUUCCUCGGGGUGGUUACUUUAUAUAGACAAUCGUGCGAUGCAUUUCUAGAACAAAUAGAUAAUACUGUUAAAUUAUUCAAUGAUUUGGAUGGUAAUUUCAAGUUUGUCGAAGAGAGAACAAAAGCUUUGCAGACAGCUUGCGAGAAAUUAUUGGAAGAACAAAACCACCUGACAUCGUUGGCCGACGCAAUGUCUUCAAAGCUGGAAUAUUAUAAUGAGCUUGAACCUAUUACAAAAUCAUUUAAUUCGUUAGGAGAAGAUAUUUGUGAGCAAGAAGACUUUAUUCCGAUGUUAACAAAGUUGGACGAGUGCUUAGAAUACAUGCAGAGUAAUCUCAGAUACAAGGACUCGGAGCUUUACCUAAUGAGAUUCAAAAAUUGUAUGAACAAAGGAAUGAAUUUAAUAAAAAUGCAUUUUAUUAAUACGAUCAAAGGUCUUGGUUUAGAAAUUAGUAAAAGGACUUCUCAGACAUUUGAUCUCACAGUACAAACGGAUGUGUUUUAUGGAAAAUUUCGCGCCAUAGCGCCAAAAUUACGUGGAUCGGUAUAUGAAAUUGAGAAACGGUGUCCUGUACAUCCAGAGUACAAUUCUUUGUUAAAUGACUGCUAUAAUGCGUACUUUUCCGUACGUCAACAGAUGCUUAUUCCUAUAAUAUAUUCUAAAAUAACGGAACUGGGAUCUAGUGGACAAGAUAUAUUGUCAUUCUCUCGAAAUGGGUAUGAUUAUAUGUUAAGCCUUUGUUCAGACGAAUUUUCUUUGUUCUACGAGUUCUUCUCAACUGGCGAAGACGACCUAUACGGAAAUUUAGAUUUGUUGUGCAGUUACAUGUAUGACAAUCUGCGUCCUCGCAUUAUUCACGAAACAAAAAUCGAGACCUUAUCCGAACUUUGUUCAAUACUUAUAAGUCAUAUUAAUCAAGACGUCGAUAAAGUUGAUGAAAAAGAAAGAACGAGAUUACAUUUUAGCCAAUUAAUACGUAACGUUCUUCAAGAUGCUCAGCAGAGACUAGUUUUUCGAGCGCAAACUUUCAUUCAAGGUUCAAUUCAAAAAUUUAUUCCACAACAGCAGGAUUUGGACUACCCCAAUAAGUUGAAAAAAAAUGUUCGAACUCAAUCGACAGAAACUCCCGCGUCUACAGACGUUAAAGAAUCACUGCCUUCACCGACACCGGCUGCUAAACAAGAUGGUGAUACUGAAUCCAUUAUAUCUAAUUCUUCAUCUUUAACAAUUGCAGAGGAUACUGGUGAUGGAAAUCCUGAGUGGUUACCCACUUUACAUCGUACUUUAUGGAUCCUUUCAAAAAUUUACCAAUGUGUUAAUCCUUCGAUAUUUAAUGAUAUUGCCCAAGAUGUCGUUCAUUUGUGUCUGCAAUCAUUAUUAUCUGCGAGCGAAGUGAUAACCAGAGAGAGUAAGAUUGAUGGACAGUUGUUCUUGAUCAAGCAUCUGUUAAUCCUCAAGGAUCAAAUAGCUUCAUUUGAUACACAAUUUGUACAUGAAGAAAAGGACCUGGACUUUUCAUUAAUGACUG